UCUGCACUCAGCCGCGGGAAACGGCGCGCACAGGACGAAGAGACUCAAACUAUCGAUCCUCCACCGGUUUCCUUUAUAAACCAUCAUCAUCGGGCGCUGUUUCUGAACGCUGGAUUACGCGCCCUUGGAGCCCUUGGAUUUACCGGUCAGGAUGAGCAUUUGGCUGGACACAGCUCGCGGUGAACGCCCCUCGUGUGGUGUGACAGAGUGAGCGAUGCUGGGCUGCCGGUGAGGAAUGUCCGUCUGUUUACUCCUGGCCCUCUUCACACUGACCACACACACUCAGGUGUCCUCUGGAAAGUCUUUGAAACUGUUGCAGGAACAAUGGAGGAGCUACACGAAUGAAUGUAUUCAGAGCUUCAUCAAUACUCCACCAGCCUCAGGGUUGGUGUGUAACAGAACAUUUGAUCAGUAUGUGUGCUGGCCCGAUGGCUCUCCUGGCACUAUUGUUAAUGUGUCCUGCCCGUGGUAUUUACCCUGGUAUCAUAAAGUUCAGCAGGGUCUGGUGUAUCGCGUGUGUGGUGCUGAUGGCAGAUGGACACACAGUAAAAACACCAGCGAGUGUGAACAGGACGACCCGGGACAGAGGCAGUACGGUCAGAUUCUCAGUAAAUUCAGAGCCAUGUACACCGUGGGUUACUCACUCUCACUCGGAGCCUUAAUUCUUGCCCUCGGCAUUCUGGUGACCUUCCGGAAGUUGCAUUGCAUGAGGAACAACAUCCACAUGAAUCUGUUCGGUUCCUUCAUCCUGCGCGCUCUCUCCAUCCUCAUCAAAGAUGCACUGCUGGAUCAGAUGAACAGCGUUCAGAGCGCGCCACAUCAUUAUCAUGGUCAGCGCUGGGUCGACAUGCAGACUGUCACUGGGUGUCGUGUCGCCAUGGUGAUGAUGCAGUACAGCGUCAUGGCAAAUAACUAUUGGCUGCUGGUGGAGGGCUUGUACCUGCACAGUCUCCUGGUCAUCGCUGUUUUCUCUGAGAGGAAUUACUUCUAUAUAUAUCUGUGCAUCGGAUGGGGUGCGCCUCUUAUUUUCGUGCUGCCGUGGGUCGCAGUCAAAUACCUGUAUGAGAAUCAAGAAUGUUGGGAAAGGAAUAUUAACAUGGGUUAUUGGUGGAUAAUUCGCUCCCCCAUUCUGUUCGCAUAUCUGAUCAACUUCAUUAUUUUCAUUCGUAUAAUAAAGAUUCUGAUGUCCAAGCUGAAGGCUCAUCAGAUGAGAUACACCGACUAUAAAUUCAGACUGGCCAAGUCCACUCUCACGCUCAUCCCGCUGUUGGGUAUUCACGCAAUCCUCUUCACCUUCGUCAUCGAUGAAUCCGUGCCAAAGGAGUCUCUUCUGAGGCUCAUCCGCCUCUUCUACGACCUCCUCUUCAGUUCCUUCCAGGGUCUGCUCGUGGCCAUCCUGUACUGCUUUGUCAACAAAGAGGUCCAGAGUGAGAUGUUGAAGAAGUGGAAGAGGUGGAAACUCGGAAAAGACAUUGAAGAAGAAUACCGUCACACUCACAGUCAAACCCCCCACGCCAAAAGCGGCAGUAUCGCCCUGGCGAUGACCAACGAAUGCCCUGACACCCCUGAGCGGGCGGACUCAGCCCCGCCCUCUAACGAGUCCCAGCGCCUAGUGACUGCCCUUCACAACGGAGUGAGUAGAAGCCGCGGCCGAGUCAGGUUGCAGUUGACCUCCGGGCAAGAGGGGGGCGCCAGUAACUGCAGCUCUCUGACGGACGUUUGCCUGGAAGAGCGUCCGCUUAACGGCGAGCGUUCGGAGGUCAUGACGGAAACCAACGUUUGAGGGAUGUUUGGUCGUAACUGUAAUGGUGAGACAGAUUACUGACGUUAUCUUCAUUUAAUGAUCUGCUUUUUCGGUUAUAAGAUCAACAGAGAAGAAAUGACCAUCAUUAGCUCAUUUUCAUGGCCAUUAACAAGACAAUGCAGGAAACAAAACACUGACAUGUGGAUCUAGGAAACUCUGUAAAAAAUUUACUUUGAUUUGACAUUCCCUCCACAGAACAAAAAUAGUAUUAUGAGUUAUAGAUGGUCGCUAAGAGAAGUAUUACUGUUGUAAAAGUUCAAAAAAGAGUUGCUUUAAUGCCUUCAUCCUAAAUAUUGAUCUUCUUCAGCCAUUUCUACUCACCAGAACAUUAUCGAGAUGUUGGCUUGUGUGAUUUUUUUCCAGAAGAAAAUGCCAAUAGAGCCUCUUGGCUGUUUACUCAUUCUGGUGUUCAAUCCAAUUUGAUUGAGUCGCUCACCAAAACACCACACAAUCGAAUAAAGCAGAAAAGAACGAUCUGUGAGGCGUGUGACAGAUCAUCCAUAAUUCAGAACCAUUUCCACAGAACGCUCGACCUCAUGAGCAUCGGAUCUUCAGACGGGAGACGCACAAACGGAUGUGUCAAUCAAAGAUUGUCGGACGCUUGUGAUGAAUACAGCUGUGCUUGAUGUUUCACGUGAGAUAUCGGUUUGUGUUAUUAAUAAGAAAUGUUUUAUAUACUCGCAUUCAUGUUUUGUGAACUCUCCGAUGUGUUUUUAAAGCAUACAGUGUAAUGUUACUGUGGUUCGCUUAAACAACACGCAUGCAUCAAUUUGAGUGCCAUUCGAAGCCCGAACUACUCAAGGACAAGCAACUCAUCGGAGAGACUUCAGGAAUGUUUCCUUACGAUUCCCUCGUGAAGGACUUGUGGGAUUGUGGGGGACACCAGACGGCAUUCAGAGCAACUGUACGGAUCAUUGCUUACGGAAAAUAACAUGCCUAAUCUUUCCAUGUUUGGGUGCAAAGGGUUUGUUUGGCUCUAAGCCAUGUCAUUUCAAGACACAAAGCCGAAAAAACAAUUAUAUUCCUAUUAUUGAUGCUAAAUGCACAAAACGUUUGAUUUAAAAUGUUGCCGAUCUUGAAAAGAAUGAUGGCAGGUUUGAUGUUGUCAAGAACAAAUAUAGCUUGUGAUAAAGCUUAAAUAAUGUUUAUUUUAUACUCUACAUCAUAUUUAGCGUGUUUCGAGUACCGGACAUCCUGUGAAUUUUAUGCAUCCGCUUUAUUCGUAUGUUCAUUUGUUUCUACGCAAGAGUUAAUAAGAGAAAGGUUAUGUAAUGAUGGAACAUACUGUAUAUGUGAAAGAAAGAGUUAAUGAAUUAUUG